UGCAAGUUCAUGCGAUUGUGACAGUCCUUGCAGGUAUGACUUCUUCUCUCCUAUUUAUACUCUUUAUAAUUAGCAACAAAAAUGCAUUCCACAUCAGUUUUGAAUACAAUAGAAAAUGCAAAUGUUUGCUAGUAGUUAGGAGAAUUUGAGAUAUUUAAAACAAAACUCCACAAAGCGCAAAGGCUUUGAUGAACAUGAAUUAUUUUGUCUUUCAGCGAAACGGUUUACUCAAAACAGGUGUCUUAUGCUAGAUGGCCAACUACUCACUUCGAGGUGAGUGAUCAAAUCAAAUGAACCUUGCAGCAGGAUGUUACAUCCACCCCAUCGCAGUCGCGCCACUUCCUUCCACUCAGACCUAACUGAUGCUUUUCUAUGCCAUGCUCUGAUUCCCAGUUGUUGUAGAUCAUUUCCCACACCCAAGUCUUGGUCUUCGUUUGAGCCGCCUUCUUCUGGAGUUUUGGUGAUGCGAAUUGUGACGUUUCUAUCUUGAUAACAUGGUAGCUUGAUAUGAUGGUAGCUUGAUAUGAUGGUAGCUUGAUAUGAUGGUAGCUUGAUAUGAUGGUAGCUUGAUAUGAUGGUAGCUUGAUAUGAUGGUAGCUUGGUAAUUGGUGGCCUGAUACGAUGAUAGCUUCGUCAAUUGUAGCCCGAUAAGAUGGUAGCUUGGUAAAUGGUAGCCUGAUAAGAGGGUAGCUUGGUAAAUGGUAGCCUAAUAAGAAAGUAGCCUGAUAAGAUGGAGUUGUUAUGAAAUUAAAUUAGGAUAUAUAAUAGACAUGGUGCUAGGCGUUGAAAGAAAUAAUAGAACAGGGGAAAUGAAAGCCUAAAGGGAAAAAAACAAUACAAUCCAACGUACUUUUUGCCUAGGUGCCUAAAUCAGAUGACAAAUUAACAAGAAACAAAUGAACAUGAGAAGGACAACAAAUCUUCAGUAGCGGAAAUAAUAACGUAAUAGUAAAGGAAGUUGACUAAAACCAAAGCGUACUUUUUAACAAGAAGUUUACAAGAUAUACAAGUAUUUAGGUCUAAGGUGAAGGUAAAGUCAAAUUAUGUUGAAUUUCAAAAUUUAAGUAGGAUAAUAACACUAAAUAUUAACUAGAAAUAGGUACGAAGGAAGUUGAGGACCUCUAGUAAGAGAAUAAUUGAUUGAUGCCAUUUGGGUAUCUGGAAACAAAAUACAAUUUUAAAAAAAAUAUGUCAUUCUUCCCUUUCGUUUAAGGGUUGGAUAAAUCUGAAAUACCUUUGUGUUUCUAGCCUAUAAAAUGGCAUCAGAUAGGAAAUUGUUCGUCUUGUUAAAUAUCACGAAGAUGUUCGUUAAAUAUAUUAGAUACUCUACUUACGUCUCACCUAUAUAACAGAAGCGGCAUAGUCAGCAACUAAACAUACAGACCACAUUGCUGUUAUUAUUGAAAUUAAAAUCUAUGGAUAUUACAAUUAUAUUUUUAAAAUAUCAUUAAUUUCAAAUUUGCUGUUAAUAUCGAAAUUAAUGUUAAAAUUCUUUGGCUUUGCUGGGAAUACAAAAAAAAAAAAAAAAAAGUUUAGAUUUUUUUCCCUUCCUUUAUAUCAUUAAUUUCAAAUUUGCUGUUAAUAUCGAAAUUAAUGUUAAAAUUCUUUGGCUUUGCUGGGAAUACAAAAAAAAAAAAGUUUAGAUUUUUUUCCCCUCCUUUCUUUAGGAAGUGUUAAUUGCAAAGCUAUGCCAAGAUAAGUCGAGUAAAACUUGCCACAAAGCAAAAGCUAAAAGUCAUGAGCAGUUGAUGUAAGUUUCAAAUGUAUGUAUGUGACGUCAAAGGCUUACAUUAAAAUUCUUAAUCUUAAGCAAAUGAAAAUUUAAAAAAAAAUUAAAUACAGUGAAAGAACAUAUUUUUAUGUUAUGGUCUUAGUUACAGUGAAAUAAGACCAACUGUACUAUUAUGGUCUUAGUUACCAGAGUUUUUAAUUCAGUUUAUAGAGGCGACAUUAUACUUGUGUACAUUUGCUACAUCUAUAUGACAAUGUAUGUUACCUCACUAUGACAAAGUAUGUUACAUUACCAUGACAAUGUUUGCUGCAUCACUAUGACAAUGAAUGUUACAUCAUUAUGAAAAGUAUGCUACAUCACUAUGACAGUUAAUACUACAUCUCUAUGACAUUUUGACCAUGCAUGAUCCUACAUUAAAAUGGCAACGUAUGCUACAUUACUAUGUCUAUGUAUGCUACAUUACUAUGAUAAUGCAUGAUUAAUGCAUGCGACAUCAUUAUGACUAUGUAUGCUAUAUCUCUAUGACAAUGCAUGCUACAUCAUUAUGACAAUGUAUGCUUCAUCACUCUGACAAUAUAUUCAAUUUCGCAAAUACUUUAAAAUAAUGUUUAGUUUGUACAAUGAUUUUGAUGACUUUGAAAGUAAAUGAAAACAAAUAAGAUACUCUAUAAAUAGUAAACAUUUAACAUACAAAAAAUUGGCAUUUAAAUUUCAAAACAGGAAUGAUUUCUUACACGUGAUCAUCUACUUUGAGAAUCCAGUCUUUGACAAGAUUACUGAAGAGCCAGAGAAGUCGGUAAGAAUUACACAUGUCUGAUGUGUAUAUUAAAACCGUUGUGUUUCCUACGAAUAAGUGCGUAGAAAAUAGACAGAGAGAGAGAGAGAGAGAGACAGAGCAAGAGAGAGAGAGAGAGUGAGAGAGAGAGAGAGAGAGAGAGAGAGAGAGAGAGAGAGAGAGAGAGAGAGAGAGAGAGAGAGAGAGAGAGAGAGAGAGAGAGAGAGAGAGAGAGAGAGAGAGAGAGAGACAGAGCAAGAGAGAGAGAGAGAGUGAGAGAGAGAGAGUGAGUGAGAGAGAGAGAGAGAGAAAGGGAGAGGAUGGAGAGGGAGAUAGAGAGAAGGAUAGAGAGAAAAUAAGAGAGAGGGAGAGAGAGGGAAAAGGGGAGGGAUAGGGAGAGCGAGAGAGUAACAGAGUGGGAGAGAUAGAGUUAGAAAGAUAGGGUGAGAGAAAGGGAAGGGAAUAGAGAGAGGGGGGAGAGAGAGAGGUGGAGAGAGGGAGAGCAGAGAGAGAGAGAGAAGAGUGAUAGGGAGAGAGAGAGAGGGGGGGAUAUUUUUAUUGAUGUAAAAUAGAGUUACAUUAUUAUUUUGGUGUUAAAUAAAUAUAUUUAAGUAGUCGACUCCAAAAAAAUAAUUAAUUUUAAAUUAGUAAAUUAUUAUGUGUAUAUAUGUUCUUAUUUCAAACACCAAAGUCCCAAUUUGUUUGAGAAUAAUGCUAAAUGAAAAAGUAAUAGUAUGUUGUAAAAUACGCCAACAAACUGUUAAGUCCUCUAGGCUCUUUCCUUCUCAAGUCAUUGUUCCUUUAUCAGAAAUCUCAUCUCUAUCAAAAUAUCUUUCUAUCAAGUCUAAAAGUUGUCAACAAAUCUAAUAUUAUCAUAAACUAUGCAUCGGUACCCCAUUUUAAAAAAAAUAAUGUAAUCCAUUCCAACUCGUCACUCGCCCAGGAUUUCUUAAGAGAUAAAGGUCUUACAAUAAACGCACUCAAAUAAAAUAUUUUUUAAAUCUUAAAAUCCAUGCUGUUUUUAUUGGUCCACAGUUUUCGACAUUUGCUGCAGACAUUGGUGGCGCACUAGGUCUGUGGCUCAGCCUGUCAUUGUUUGGAGUUUUUGAGAUAUUGUGUAGUGUUUGUAGUUAUUUGAAGUCAUGUAAAUGGCCUUUUUAAUCUCAAGAGAAUUUACCUCUAAGGCAAGGCCUCACUAGAUUGGGUCAAUUUUAGAUCUACUAGAAUGUGGAAUAUGAAGAUCUACUGGAAUGGGGAAUGUGUAGAUCUGCCUUUUUUUAAAAAGAAAAUUUAGGUCUAGUUAGUUUGAACUUACAGGAACUUCUACAAGCUUAUCUCCACUUUUUAUGUAAUGCAAAAUAUAAAUGUUUUACAAAAUGAAAUAUUAAUUCGUAACGUAUGGAAACGGCAAACUUUUAAUUGAAUAUUUGUUAAACUGUAAGUGUAACAACCGCCACUUUAUUAGCGGAUAAUUAGUUGGGAUUUUCCCCGAUUGUUCAAUUGUUAAAAUUGGUAUUUGAUUGUUGCAAGAUUGUUCAAUAAUAUGUUCCUUAGCAAGAUAUAAAUUUUUAUGCUAUAUGUAUAUUAUUAUAUAAGAAUGAGCCAGGCUGACCAUAUAACGCUUGAAAAUGAACUAAUUUAAAUAAUUUCUGAUUCUUAAAAUCAAUUAUAAUCAUUAUGAUAGGGAUUUCAUAUUACUAUUAUUUUACAGAAAUGAAAUCAAUUUAAAUAUUAUAAAAGUAAAUAUAUAUCUUUUAGUAAUUUUGUAUGUUAAAGUAUUAUUAUUAUAAAUUAGAAUUGCAUUUAAAAUUACAAUUAAAGAACUAUUUUAAGCAUUGCAUACAAUUUUGAAAGUUAAGGUAUUCUAUAAUUUAUAAUCAAUAAUUUUUCGUCCUGUAUUAAUAGAAUUAUUUCAAAAUCACAUUUAUCGGGAAAACACAAAAAUUGUCGCUUUUUUUAUAAAAUUGUGCCUAGUUAAUAUUGCGAAAUUAUAUUUAAAUAUAUGUUUACAAAAUGCUUCCAAAAAAUAUCAAGUUAAAAUGUACAAUUGAACUAAAAAAAAUUUUUUUUUAAAAAUAUAUAUCUAUAAGAAUGAGCUUUUAAGGUGACAAUAAAACAGUAAAAUAAAUCAAAAUAUACAUUCGUAUUCUUAAUAAGAAUGAUUUUAUAUUAAAUAAUAUUUUACGGAAAUCAAAUCAUUUUAAAUGUGAUAAAAAUUUAAUAUCUCUGCUUAUACAUGUACUUAGUACUUAAUUAUAUGUUUAAGUAUUUUUUUUAAUUUUUUAUAGACGUACAUUUAAAAUAACAAUUAAAGAAUUAUUUUAAGUAUUUUAGCGAAUUUAAUAGGUAUUAGAUAUUCUUUUUACUAACAAACAUGGUCUAAAUAUAAUUAUUAUUAUUUAAUAAUCAUAUUUAUCGCGAAAACCUAAACAUCUUUGUGGAAAAAAAAA